GCGAGCCCUAGAGUAAUGAAUAUGAGCGGUGAGAAAAUAUAAGUCUAGGUAAAAGCCGCUUGAGUGCUGGGCUCUCAUUUGUCCCUGCUGUCGCCAUGGCUUCAGAGAAAGAAGCAGCUCUGGCUGCAGUUCCCUCUGAUUCUCCCACCAUAUUUGACAAAAUAAUUAACAAAGAAAUCCCAUCUACCAUAGUUUAUGAGGAUGACAAGGUCUUAGCUUUUAGGGACAUAUCUCCCCAAGCUCCCACACACAUUCUAAUUAUUCCCAAAGUGAAGGAUGGCUUGACUGGACUCUCUAAGGCUGAGGAAAGGCACUGUGAUAUUCUUGGCCGUCUUCUAUACACUGCUAAGCUAGUUGCCAAACAGGAAGGUCUGGAAGAUGGCUUCAGGAUUGUGAUUAAUGAUGGGCCAAGUGGAUGUCAAUCAGUUUACCACAUUCACGUCCAUCUCUUAGGGGGGCGUCAGAUGAACUGGCCACCUGGCUAAGAUGGAAUUGUUGACUUUCAGGUGGUGGACAAAUUCCCCAAUGUUGGUAUUAUUAUGAUGAUUCUACUUAAAUAGUAUCCAUCGUAAUUUGAUAAUAAAAAACUAUUUGCUGGUUGCUAUAUGUCAUGCUACUUAAGAUAAUGUGAAUGGUAUUGUAGUGGAUUAACCAGAUCGGGGUAUAAACAGUAACCCAGUCAAAAUAUGACAAUAAUUGUAGUGGUUUGGCUUAUCUUGCA